AUGGCGCCCGGUGGGCAUCACGACGAUGACGCCCCCACCCCAGCAUCGGCAUCCAGUGCUCCGCCAGCCAAGGUUCCCUCGGAAAAGGAGCUCGCCCGCAAGAUCCGGAAGCGCGAGCUCGACCGCCGCGCCCAGAGACAGGCCCGCGAACGCACGCGCAACCGCAUCGCCGAGCUCGAGGCUCUCGUCAAGGAGCUCAGGAAGGAUGACUCGACAAGGCUGUCGGCGUGCAUGGAGCAGCUGGCCGCCGUCACCUGCGAGCGAGACCGCCUGCUCAACGCCUUCAAGUCCAUCGAUCAGACGAUCCGUAACCAUGUGCCGAGCCGUCUGUCGCCACAGGGAACAGGAACCCGAACAACAGCGGCGAAGCUACCAUCCCCCGCGCCACCCCCAAGAUCCCUGCCGGACCCUCGGGAUGUGAUUCGGGAUCCGAUGCUGACGGGGCUCCCGGCGCACUCGUACGCGGCGCCCAUUGGCCUGCUGCCCCAGACCCCCUCCUCCUCCUCCCUUUUCGACGCCUACGCGUACCACGGCAGCGGCCAGGGGCUCGUCGGCAGUGUGCCGAACGGACUUUCGGCGACCAGACUGCACGCGUCGAGCGUCGACGCGCCCAGCUCUACGUCGGACAGCCAAGACUUUGUCGAGGAGCUCGACGACAACGACGACAAUGACGACGGCGACGACGGCGACGGGGAUGAAGCCCACGACGAUCCCAGGGUCAUCGUGCCGCCACCCGCGACGCCCUGUGACUGCGGAACGGUUCGGACGCCGACCGGCUCGUCUCCGCCCAAGGUCAACGUCUGGCGGGCCGUCAACCAGGUCUUGGCCAAGCGGUGCCGCAUAUCGAGGAGGGCGCACGCGGCCGAGGACGCCGACGACGAGGACAUCCCCGUGCGGGCGAUUCUCGAGGGGUGGGAGGCGGCGGCCGAGUCGAGGCCGCUGUCCAGGCUGUGGAAGAAGCUGCGCAGGGUCGACGAGCUGUGUUUCCAGGUCUGCCCCCCGACGGAGCGGCUGGCCAUCCUCCGGAUGAUGCACCUUCUGCUGCAGUACCACUCCGAUCCCACGCCGGACCGCCACGCCAAGUUGCCGACGUGGUUUCUGAAAAGGCCAUCGCAAGCAAUACCUCACUCCUACGCAAUCGACUUCUUCGUUUGGCCCGGCGUCCGGGAGCGUUUUGUCUUUGGUCAGCACCACUACUGCAACAACCAGUUCUGGGACCUCUUCAGCCCGAACCUGCACCUCCUCUGGCCAUUUGAGUUCCGCGACGCCUACAAGAAGAGCGUGGUCACGGGCCAGUACCAGAUAUCGCCCAUGUUCGAGCAGCGGAUCGCGGACAUCAACGCGUGGACCAUGGGCGGCGACUUCUUCGCCCGCUUCCCCGAGCUCGUCGCCGAUAUUCCCUCCUUCCAGUCCGUCCUCCGGUCCCUGUCGUCACCGCCGCCGCCGCCGCCGCCCCUCGCCUCGCCGAUGCCGCAGCAGGCCUCCCUGUCCCGGCUGAAAGAACGUGGCGAGCGGCUGUUGCUCCUCGAGCAGCAGGCCGCCGCCGAGGAGGACCAGUCGACGCAGGAAGGCAUGGAUUGCACGCACGCCAUGCAAGCGUUUCCCCCGGGCCUCUAUAGUAUGGCGCCCCCGGGGUUCAUGGACGAUUUUAUCCCUCAAAGUUUCGAUGCGAACGGGGUCGGUUCGUACGAGCCGAUGUCCGGGUACUUCUGA